AUGGCAAAAUUUGGAAACUUUUAUCAGAAUAAAACACAGGAAGAUGAGAUUGUUGGCAAGGAGGCCUCUUCUAACCCCAAUAUUGGUAUAAGUAUCCUGAUGGGUGUGAGUGCUACCAUCAUGAUUCUGGGUUUCUUGGGAUGCUGUGGUGCCCUUACUGAAAACCGGUUUUCCUUGUUUGUGUUUUUUGUAAGUUUGUUUGUGCUCUUAAUCAUGCAGGUGACUGCAGGCAUCUUAUCACUUGCUUUCAAAUCUCAGAUUGACUUCAUUUUUAGAGAGUCUAUGUCUAAAAACGUCAAGCUUUUGGAAUCAACAGAUGAAAGUGCAAAGCAUUUCCAGGAAAUUCUGAUUGCAUAUCAAGAAACGUAUAAAUGCUGUGGUUUGGUAAAUGGAGCUAUUGACUGGGGAAGCAAUUUUGCUGAAAAUCAUAAAUCAUGUAACUGUCUUAAUGAAGCAGAUGAUUGUGUAAAUUAUGGUGGAAGAAGUGUUUUCAGACAGACAUGUAUAAGUUUUGUAAAACAGACAAUUAAAGACAAUCUUAACAUGGUGAUUGGACUAGCAUUUGGAAUGGCAAUGAUUGAGGUAUAG